UCAUCAUUAUUAAUUGAACUUCUCACCCAUUUUGUUUAUACAUAUUCUAUGGUGAUGUCUGCUAAUAUUUCUUUAAUUUACCAAAAUGAUCCUGACCUUAGAAGAGCGGACGUGAAAGCCUUAUUGGAAUGGGCGUCAAAACAGCCUCAUUUACCAAAAAUUUCUGAACUUCAGGUGAUAAACUUCCUCCAGAGUUGCUACUAUAGGAACGAACAAGCCAAGUGCGUCAUCGACAACUAUUUCACUAUAAAAACGUUAUGCCCUGAGAUUUUUAGUGGAAGAAAUCCGAAUAGUCCAAGCGUACAAGCGGCUCUGAACUGUGCCCUGAUGGUUUUUUUACCAAAAUUAACCCCGGAAAACUACCAAGUGUACUGGAUGAAACUAAUCGAUUGUGAUCCGAACCAUUACAACUUCUCCAACCAGAUAAGGUACUUUGACAUGUUGGAAAUGUUAACUUUACACAAGAAUGGCCCUCAAGUAGGGGUGCAAAUCUGUAUUGAUAUGGAAGGGUACGUUUUCGGGCAUUUAACCAGAUUGAGCACAAGUAUCAUUAAGAAACUCCUGUUUUAUUUGCAAGAAGCAAUGCCCAUCAGAUUAAAAGGGAUCCAUUUUAUCAACCCAUUCCCUUUUAUAGACAAGCUGCUUGCUCUCAUGAAACCUUUCAUGAAAAAGGAACUUUUGGACAUGCUUCACGUGCAUAAUUCGAUCGAGACCUUCUUUGAACACGUGCCAAUAGAGUGUUUGCCAAAGGAAUAUGGUGGGCAAAUGGACCCUAUAAAAGUACUACAUGACCAGGUGAUUAAGGAAAUGGAUGAAAAUGCCGACUUUUUUGCCCAGGAGGAGACUCAGAAGGUAAACGAGAGCCUACGACCCGGUAAACCCAAGAAUAUCGGAGAUUUCUUUGGGAUCGAGGGUACAUUUAAAAAGUUGGAAGUGGAUUAAUUUAUUUAUAGUUUUUAGAAAUUUAAAAUUUGUUUAAUGUUUAUUGAAAAAUCUGUAAUGUCUAUUAAAAAACAGCUCAAAAGAAGUAGAACCUUAAAGAACUUCUCUUUAUUUUAAAAAUUUAUUAAUUGUAUCGAAAAUCAUAUAGUACUAUUGGAUUAGUCAGGCAAAGUUAGCCGAGAAAGAGUACCAUGUUAUUUCUUUAAAAUAUUUUCCAGAUUAGUCCAUAACUCGAUAUAUUCAAAAUUUUUUGACUUCUUGAACGUAAUAUAUUCUCUUGUCAAUAAGAAACGAAUAAUUU